AUGGAACAUUACCAAUCAGGAAUAGGCCGAAAUUUAAAAAUGGUAUCGAAAUGGGCUCCAAGAAACCACAAGAAAGAGCUUCAAACAACUUCGAUGGCGGAGUCUCGAUCCCGGUCCUCCUCGCUCUCCAGCAUUGACGCAUCCGAUUUUAAGUUCCCAAACGACCUUGUAGCCCCACGAGAGAAUCUUGAACCUGGGCGAGUUACAACUACAACCCUCGAUGGCACGUUGACGAAGGCGCCCCUCCAGCUCAUUGAGGACCUUACAAAAGGCUGUGGAGGCCAACUAUGGCCUGCAGGUGUCCGAUUAGCCAAAUAUUUUAUCAACCGGUACAAAGAUACAAAUGACUUAGCUAGAAAGCGAAUAAUUGAGCUUGGGAGUGGUGGCGGGGUCACCGGACUAGCGAUUGGGCUAGAGCUUGACACUAUUGGCGGCGAUGUCGAAAAGGGUGGAUGUGAGUUCUGGAUGACAGACAUGCAUGCCAUGAUGGAUUUAAUGCAGAAAAAUGUCGAGUUCAACGGACUUGGGAACAAGAUCGAGUGUGGAUUACUUGAUUGGUUGGUGGAAACACAUAUCACGACGAUUUGCGAGUGCGAUUGGAACAUGGGCUGA